GCAGCACUGCUGGGCUGCACUGGUGGGUGGCACUGGUGGGCAGCACUGGUGGGUGGGCACAGGUGGGUGGCACUGGUGGGCACAGGUGGGUGGCACUGGUGGGUGGGCACAGGUGGGUGGCACUGCUGGGCACAUGUAGGUGGCACUGCAGAGUGGCACAGGUGGGGGCACUGCUGGGCACAAGGUGGGGGCACUGCUGGGCACAGGUGGGGGCACUGCUGGGAACGGGUGGGCGGGGCUAGUGGGCGCACUGCUGGGCGGAACUUGCGGGUGUCACUGCUGGGCACCGAUCAUCAGGGCACU